AUAUCGUUAUUGGGGUCGAGACUAUGUUUGCGGAACUGGGCCUCAAUCCCUAGUAUGACAUAUAAGGUAACACAGAGAAGUGGUGUAAUAAUAUUGACCUGGUAAAUCGAAGGACUCCGAGAGAAACCUACCCCAUUUGUACUUUUGUCCACACAAAACCCACGGCUGACGUGGGCACGGAUCGUGACCUCAGUUGAGACGCGGCUAACUUCUGGAGUUCAUCACAGAGACCCUGAAAAUACAUUAAUAAGUAAUUUCUACGUUUAACAGAAAUUAACAAGUGUGAAGAAUGGAUCCGAUGACCACAAAGAGGCUGCCUGCACUUACGUGUCCAAAGGAGCUGUACCGAGGACGUCAGCCAAGGCCUUCACAAGCCGCGCUUCAAAACCAGAGAAUGCUGAGCCAUUUGAGGCUUUGGAUGAUCUCAAAUACUUGGAUUCUACGAGUACAAAGAAGCCGGAUGAUAAAUUUGAUUUCCCUUCAUUGGAUCUCGACCUGCCUCUGCUCACCUCAGAAGACCAUACAAAGAUUCUCGUGCAAGCAGAUAAUCUCCUCGAACUCACCAAACUUCAGUUGCUUGAUAUGCAGCGAGGAAUUGCAUUUGAAGAGAAACAAAUUAAUGUUCAGAAUCAGCCAUCUAUACCAUUUUCCAGUGAUGGCAAAAAACAACAAAGAAGAGAGCUAAUCGGUGCUGCUGUUCAAGGGAGUGAAUUAAAGUUCAAGACGCAUCGUCUCACGAGACCAUCGUCUUCAAUUAAACAGAAUAAACCAACGUUAGCUGAUUCAGAAGAAUGCAAGAGAAAGAAAAAGAUUCAAAUACAGGAUAACAUUAAAAAGAACCCCACAAGGCAACCAUUCGUUAUUACUGAGCAUCCAACCAACAUUGACAUUCAGAAAGAAAUACGUAUAUCACAGGACAGCCUCCAAGGGGCCCUCACUGAGGCAAAAGCAAUAUCCGCUAUUUUGGAGGUUAAGAUAGGAAGGGAUGGCAAAGAUAUACAGUUGUGUAACUCGGGUUUUGAGAAGUUCAAAAAUAUCAAGUCUCAGGUAGGGCAGAAUACCCAAUUUCAGAAUGCCAAUGGUGUAGACUUACAUUUAUCUUCCCAGAUAAAUAAUAUUCCAGAACCUGGAGGUGAGUUGCAAAGUAUGACAAAGGACAAAAUUGUCUUAAGAAAUAAAGCAGACUUGCCUGACUGCUCCCUGAAUUAUGAUCGACAUAGCUCAAGGACUCCUGUACCUUCAAAUGUGUGUGCUUGUACCAAACUUACGCAUGAGUCUCAGACUCAGAAUGAUCAUUCACAGCCAUGCUCACGUGAUCGUGAACACUGUCUUGAAUAUGCGGAAUCACAAGUUAAGAGACCGCAAAGGAAACUGAGAUCUGAAGAUGCACGUGCCUUCAAAAAUACUGACACAAAAGUAUUAAAAUCUGCGUUAAAAAAUUAUAGUAGGUCUGGCCAGCACGAAGACAUACACAAUUGUGCCAAGAAGAAGAUGCAUGUAAGCCCCUGUAAUUCAGCUGUCGUUCAUAUGAAAGCUUCCAUUCCCUCAGAAAAAAACUUAGAAAAAACAGACCCACAACCAGAGAGGAGGUUAGUAGUUCAAGCACUGCCUAGUUUAACUAUCAAACGAGAUUUGUCGGUUCAGAAAGUACCUAGUAUUUCAUUACCAUCCGCUGGAGCACCACCAUUUGUACCACCACAACAGAAUGUUGGAUUGUGUGAAAUAUCACAUAGUCAGGUACAACUGGACCAAACGGACUGCACGUCAAAAACACAAGGUGAUAGGAGAAGCAGCGAUAAACAUGUAUUAAAAUCCAAUCCCAAACUGCAAGAUGGAUACAGGCAACACAUUCAUCAUGGACACACAUCUGGUACUGCACUAAAAGAUGAAACUAGAAAACAUUCCAUUCUAGAACAGAGAAGUUCCAGAGGUUUACGUGCUUCUUCUGUGUCCGACAAGAGGAGUAGGAUGACAGAUGCAAGUCCGAAGAAGCUGCUUUCUCAAAAAGAGUACCAUAGUUUGUGCAGGAGGUGUAGAAAUAGUUAUCUUUUAACAGAUUUGUACCGUGGAGUAUGCGUUAAAUGCCAUAAUAUUCUGUCCCCAAGCCGUGAAGUAAAACAGCACUUGUGUGGUCCAACACCUGAUGUAGCGAAAGCUGCAGCACGUCUGGACCGAUGCAAGACGUGCCUCAGGCACUUUCCGAAGUCAGAAUUAUUUCACGGUCAUUGCGUUCAGUGUCAAAUUGUGAAGAACAAUAUGCGCUUAUUUCAAUGUAACAUAUGUCUAAAUAGUGUCCCAAGUACAGAAUAUGUUAAUGGAAAAUGUAAUCGAUGCCAUUAUAGGUUUAAAUAUGACACACAGAAAGAUGAAGUGGAUGCAUAUUCACUUCUUCAAGGACCUGCGGUGGACAGAAUUUUAAAUUCUGUACUUGAUGAAACACCGUUCUUUCUUGACAUGAACAAGGCAAAAUACAUAGACGGAAGUCCUACUGGAGAAAGUAUAUCAAUUCAAAAAAAUGAAGAAACUGAUGCUUUGUUUAGAGCAACUAAGACGGGAACUAAACGUUACACAGUUCAAGAGGAGACAAUGAAAACACAAGAUUUCAUUGCAAAUGACAGAACCAGAAAAAAUAGUUUGAAUGAUUGCAAAGCACAUUUAGCAACAGAAGAAUAUUUGAAGGACAAUGAUAAUAAUAAAAAAAACAGAUCAAUUAAAACAUUUGUGGAAGGAUCCAAACAGAAUAACAAACAGGAAGUCAUGUUUCAGAAUUUUGAAUCAGAUGAUGAAUGUGAAUUUCGUACCAAAAUUAGAGCAGCUUCCAAGAGCCAGGAAACAUCAUACGAUGGAUCUCCAGAAGCAGAACGGUUAUCUUCAUCUUCAGGUUUGCGUGAUUAUGACGAAGAUAUUUCCAAUGGUAGUAAUAGGUCUAGUCAGAUGGAAACUCAAGCAGUAUAUAAUAGGUCUAAAAAAGCUGAUGGGGGUAAUGCUAACGGCGAUGUUGACAGUUAUGAGCAGGAUUUCGAAAGUGAAUGCAAAAGCAGUGACGCAGAACUCAAAAUUUCUAAUGAUAAUGUAAAAUAUUGUACCGAUGAGCAGGAAACACAGGCUCAUGUACAUAAGGAAGCUGAAGUUAAAAUAUCAGUUCAAGAUUUUCCAAAAAGAAACCUGAAGAGGGUUUCAAAAACAUUAGGAACAUGGUCACCCAUUAUGGGCAAUUCAUGGCACCAUCAUUUUGAUAUGAGUAACAGAAGUAACAGUGACCCAGAUAAGGUGUCACAACUUGACAACAAGAUACUUGAACUAGGCGAUGAAACUGAUGAAUCUUGUAAUAAAAUUUAUAAUGAUAAGCCCUACGAUACAUCUGAAUCAGUUUCUGAUACAAACUUGAAAGCUGAUAAUGGUAGUAGAAAGAAACGCCUUGAACAUGACAACAUUUCCAAAGUUUUACCCAAUAGAAAUAAGCAUGAUGACCACAUUGAGAGUUAUCAAGCAGCAGGAAAGCCAAAGUACAGCUCUUCUAAAAGUGAUCCACAUGCUGCAACUAGUAGGAAUGUUGACUGUAGCUAUAAACAUAGCUUUCGUAAUUGGCAGGGUAGAGCAGAACUUAAUUCUGACUCGGGUAUUGGCAACAGAAGGCAUGAUGUUUCUGAUCGUCACCAGCAGUGCUUUGAUGAUAAUUAUAAUAGGAGAAAACAUGUCCAAACCCUCAAAACUUCAAGUGGGUCAUCAACAACUACCAUCCCCAAGAAGACAGCUGCAUGCAGGAAUAGACCUAAGGAUCAUAACGAUGGAAAAAGGCAGCUCAAACUUAUGACCAUGGUGGAAGGUGAGCAUAUAACAGGUGCUAUUGGAAAGGCUGAAGAGGAAAAUGAUGAUAUAAGAUCAGUUCCUACUGAAUCAUCAUCAACUGAUUCUAAGGAUCGACAGAUGUUACUGGUAGAUGAUAGCAGAAGUGUGAAUGAAGAUGAUAUUUAUGAGGAUGACUGGGAAGAGGAAUUAAAGGAUUCUGAAGAGGAGGGCAGAAGCAGAAAUGAUAAAGAGGAAGAACCAAGUGAAAACAUUUCGCACGUAUCAAGUAGAGGCGCAGAAGAAACAUCAAGAGCUGACAGUGAGGAUGCCUUGUCUCAGGAUUCAUCAGAGCAUUCACAGAAACACUCAUACCAUUCUCCCAGUGCAAGAGUCAUGAAUCCUUAUGUGACUGUACCACGUGAAACGACAUCACCUGUGGCUCUGACACCUCCUGUCUGCCUGGCGAAAGUUUCUUCCAAGGAAUAUUUCCAGAAACCUAUGUGUUUGGAUAAAGGAUCAUCACCCAUUAGUAUUCCAGGCAAGAUACCUGUGAGUAGAGAAGUAUCUUCUACCAGUAUUCUGCCAGUGGAACAUGUGCACAAAGGAUCAUCAUAUUUUAGUGUUUCAGAUAAAGAACAUGUAAACAGACAGACAUCUCCUAUGAUUAUUCCAUCUGAGUUACCUAUGGAUAAAGCAUCAUCUCCCAUUGAGAUUCCAUCAGUGGAACACAAUGAUAAAGGAUUGUUAUCCGCUGGUAUUCAAACUGAAAACCUGGAUGAGACACAUAUUACAAUUUUGUCUGGGAGCCCUGUAGAUAAAAGUACAUCACCUAUAGGUUUUCCACCUCAGAAGCUUGCACUACCAGCAUGUAAUAAUGACUUAAGCGAUGUCUGUACCCAUGGUGCCAAAGUUGGUGAUUCACUGCAUGGAUUACCUCUGUGUAAGGCAAAGUCUGCUAGAGGGACACCUAAUAUGCGGUCCAUAGGACAGCAAACAACAUUGCUUGAACAAACUGAAACACAAUACGACACGUUAAACACUCAUUCUGAAGAACCACAGUGUUCACAUAUUAGAAAUGAGCCAGUAGACACUGCAUGCCGUAUAAAAGGAAUAGACAUUGAAACUCAAACGGAUGCUAUUUUGGAAGACGCGGGACAUCACGACAAGAUGGAGAAGAUAAGGAAUAAGAAACAUAGAGGCCUAGUUUGUGUGCAAAGUCAGCAGGAUGAUGAACCGAGUUCUUCCUCAACUUCACAGCAAGAUGUAUCAGUCCAACAUGAAGUAGUUCCACGAACUUUAUCUCUGUCAAGUCCCCAUGAAAACACUACUGAAACAACUUCUACAAGUGCAUCUGUUUCCAACGAGCAGAUAUCACCCUCAGAUGGUGAAUUGAUAGUGUCCUGUAGUUCCUGCAGCGUGGGAGAGCUGUUUGUGUCAGGCGUUUAUGAUCGACACUUUAGCCCUUCAUGUCACACUAAUAGCCACAGUGUGGGUGAAGUAUGGAAAUGCCAGUGGUUUGGGACACAUUGCCUGUGCAGUAAAGAAGAGGUAGCAGUCGAUAGCACGCUACAUAAAGGCCAACAUGUAAGCUGGAUACGACAUGCUAGCAAAACCCAGAUUGUUAAUGGCAUUGUAGUUCAUUCAGGUGCAUCUGUUAAAGAUGAUUUUGAUUCUUCAGAGGAAACAAACAACUCCAUGCCCAGUUUUAGCAUAGCCCAAAUAGAUACUGAAGUGCGACACACAAGGAGAAAUCUAGGUCCAUAUGAUCAUUCACGUGUAGGAUGCAACAGUCACAGUGAAGGAGAGCUGAGUGAAGGUCAGGUCAUGACAUGGCAUCAUUAGUUGCAACAAGCUCAAUUUAUGUGAUAAUGAUAGCAGAGUUAUAAUGCAUUGUAAGAUAAAUUGUGCAUACAAACACAUAGCUAUGCAGUUAUGUAGCAAGUUUAUUCAGAACCCUCCAGUGGACCUAACUCUUCCUGAGAUUGAAAAUUGUAUAAUUGUAAUGCCUGUAACACAGUGUUAUAAUAUGUUUUAAUUCUGAUUUCAGUUUUGAUGAGUCUUCUCAUAUUUCUAAGCUUCUGAAAGAGUCUUGGCAAUUGUUUAUGCCUUAACAGUGGUGACAUUUUCCCAGGGAUGUGUUAAUAUUCUUUUGUUUUACAUGUUUAAUAAAGUUUGUAAUUAUACAAUUCAAAUUUGGAAA